CGACCGAUUUGAAAACGGUUAUAUUGACUACCAAUCUAUAAGGAAUGGUCGAAAUUUACGUUUGGAUGCUAAUAACAGUACUUUCGAUAUGAACCAUUCUUGAGAAAAGUGGUUUCGUAAUUGUGUUGAGUACUGUUUUCUUACAUAAUAUAGCGGUGCAACCGAUUUUUUUAAGUAUUCAGUUAUCUCUUAAAGUAUACUAUAAACUCGAUAAGUACCUAAUCUAAAACAGUCUAAGGGCCACUUGAUAAAAUUUGCUACAGGUCCCGCGCUGGCUUAAUCCGGCACUGACGCCACCAUGCAGCUAUUUGUUAAAAAUUUAAAAAUCUUUAGUAUGUAUAUUAUAUAUAUGUGACUAGUGAUUUUUUUUUUGAGAAGGUUGGGCCUUUACUUUUGUUUUUAAAUGAUCAAUAAUGAAAUUUUUGCAGCACAAUGCGCGCGGAAUUGUAUCAAUGGCAAAUAAUGGACCGAACACUAAUGGAAGUCAGUUUUUUAUAUCCUACGCUCCUCAACCACAUCUCGACUUGAAAUAUACAAUAUUUGGAAAGGUAAUUGACGGUUUGGAAACACUUGACGAACUUGAAAAGUUACCCGUUAAUCCUAAAAAUUAUAGGCCAGUUGCGGAUACCAGGAUUAACAGCGUCACAAUUCAUGCAAAUCCUUUGGCAGGUUAAGAAGAUAUUAACUGUUUACGUUUAUAUAGUAAUAAAAGUAAUUGUAAUUUA